AUGGCCGAUAUCGCUAGCACCGUCAAAGACAUUUGUCUCUUGUGGAUAAAAUUCGUUUUUGCUUUAGGGAAAGCUGCGUACCGUAAAGUCGUACCAGUGCAGCUGAAACCAGUGAAAGGAGAAAUCGUUUUGGUCACUGGGGCUGGACAUGGAAUAGGCAAGGAGUUGGCGGUUUUGUAUGCAUCUGAAGGUGCAACGGUGGUGGCCUGGGACGUUAACACCAAAACUAACCAAGAAACCGUUUCAGAGAUAAACCAAAGGGGCUACAAAGCCUAUGCUUACCAUUGUGACGUUACCAAAAGAGAACAAGUGUUUGAAGUUGCUAAGAAGGUACAACAAGAAGUUGGAACAGUGACGAUUUUGGUCAAUAACGCUGGAAUCAUGCCGGCCAAGACUCUACUCGACCACACCCAAGAGGACAUUGAACGAAUUUUUGCUCUGAAUGUUUUGGCCCACCAUUGGACGAUACAAGCGUUUCUGCCUGACAUGAAAAAGAACCACCAUGGUCACAUAGUUGCUAUAUCUUCCAUAGCUGGACUGAUGGGUUCGGAAUACGUAGUGCCGUAUUGUAGUACCAAGUUUGCCGUGGUGGCGCUGAUGGAAGCUCUACAGCAGGAAUUAAGACUCGAGAAGGUUUACAAUGUUGGGUUUACGACGGUGUGCCCCUAUGUCACAGACACGGCUUUGUGUAAAAAACCAAAAAUUAAGUUUUCUAGUGUAAUGGCGAUGUUGAACCCGGCGGAUGUGGCCAAAGCGGUCAUGAAAGCACAAAGAACCAACGAGGUACUUGUUACAGUACCAAAAUAUUUACUACAUUUGGUUAAAUUUACCAGGUUAUUUCCAUACGAAGUUGGCGUUUUGGUGAGGGAUUUCUUCGACUCUGGAUUGUACGCCGAUUCGUAA